GGUGGAUUCAACAAGUUCGAAUCGAUCGCUGGAACAGUGAAAACGUGAUAGUCUACAGAAACUACUAAUAGUAAAAAAUAUUACAGAAAUAUUAUAAAAAUGCAAGCCAUGUUGUGCAUUGUCCUUUUGGCCAUCGGCCUUAGCCAGAUUUCGGCCUUGCCCUCUCCUGCUCUGCAACUCGACCAGCCGGGCAACAACUUGAUGCAGUUCCUCCUGCAAUCUCGGGAUCUCAGCAGAGAUGGCUCCCACUCCAUCGACUGCAUAAGCUACUAUCUCCCCCUGAUCGAUCAGGCUGGAACUGUUUACAAGGAGCAAAUAUCGGCUUGCUUGGAGCAGUCUGCUCUGGAGAUCGCUCAGAUCAACGACACCACCAAGGCCGACCGAGAAGCUAUCGACGCCUCCGCCACCAACUCCUGCGAUGCCCUUAAUAGCUGCAGUGAACUCGAAGCCGCCGAGAAUUUCUUCGAAUGCUACAGCAAAGCCGGUUCCGACAGCACCAAGUCCAUGUUCACCAUAUCUGCCAACGCCUCCGAACUGCUGGCCGUUGUGAAGGAAGAAAAGCGCCUCAUCCAGGUUAAUGAAUACGUGUGCACCAACAAGACGCAGAGGAUCUAUGAAGAGGAUUCGGCCAAGCACUACGAGGAUCUGAAACUGUGCAUGGAAGGUGCUCCCAUUCCAUCUGAAACCACGAGCUCUGAAGCCCCAUCCACGCAAUCUUCAACUGAAUCUUCCUCGACUGAUUCGUCCUCGACUGAUUCGUCCUCGACCGAAUCUUCUUCGACUGAUUCGUCCUCGUCUGAAUCCUCCCCUGAUGAUUCGUCCUCGACUGAAUCGUCCUCCACUGAAUCGUCCUCCUCUGAUUCCUCAUCUGACUCCACGGAAUCCUCAACUGAGUCGUCCUCCACUGAAUCAACCACGGCAAGUUCAGGAGGCGAAAAGGAAGCCCUUCCCGAGGAGGACUUGAAAUCGGAAUCCAGUCAGAACAAGAGUGAAAUGCAGCGGCUUGUGAACAGCCUGCAGGAGUGGUUCAAAACUCACUAAGCCAUCGUGUUAAUUAUUCCUACAUAUAAUUAUAAACGAAGCAAAUAAAAACAAAUAGAUAAACAUAA